CUGUCAUCAAUGCGUCUACCUGCCACUUCCUGCUGGCUGUUGUUAUUCAAUUUCACUUUUGUUUUUUGAAGGCGUAGCGGAGCUCGUUGACGCGUCGGUGUUGUUGGGCUCACUGGUUCGGUCGGAUCGCUCGCCAUGAUGGCCCGGCUGGAUUCCAGAUGAGAGACCUGCUUGGGUAACCCCGCCUCGGCUUCAUGAGCUUCUGCGUCUGCCGCUGUGUCCCCAGCAGCGAUGCUGUCCUCUGGAUAGGCAGGACGACGGCGGCCGGGAAGGACUGACCGCAGGAACGGCAUGGAGUGGAAGUCAAUUGUUCCCCAAGCUGAAGGCCUCUGUAGCCCUGACCUGUGCAGUCCACCAGUGCCUUUGUGAGCAUGUAUCGCAGAAACGGGCUCUUGGAUGGCACCAGCGUCAACUCAGUCACCUCGGAGGCAAGCAGCAGUUCAUGCUCCUUGGAUGGACCGUAUGUGGACUGCGCCAAGAGCUACGAUGCAGUCGUCUUUGACGUGCUUAAGGUGACACCUGAGGAGUUUGCAAGCCAAAUCACUCUGAUGGAUGCACCAGUUUUCAAAGCUAUUCAACCAGAGGAGCUUGCAAGCUGUGGAUGGAAUGGAAAGGAGAAGCACAGUUUGGCUCCAAAUGUGGUUGCAUUUACACGCCGCUUCAAUCAGGUGAGCUUUUGGCUGGUUAGAGAAAUCUUAACGGUCCAAACGCUGAAAAUCCGAGCGGAAAUACUGAGCCAUUUUAUCAAAAUAGCUAAGAAACUGUUGGAGUUGAACAAUCUUCAUUCUCUGGUGUCCAUAGUUUCUGCUCUGCAGAGUGCACCCAUCUUUAGACUGGGCAAAACCUGGGCGUUGAUCAGUCGGAAAGACAGAGCCACAUACGAGAAGCUGAAUUACUUGACUUCAAAGGAAGAGAACUACAUUCGUAUGCGAGAAUACAUCUGCUCUCUGAAGAUGGUGCCCUGCAUACCUUACCUUGGGAUCUACCUGUUCGAUAUGAUCUACAUUGACUCCGCCUACCCCGCGUCAGGCAGCAUGAUGGAGACAGAGCAUCGGACCAAUCAGAUGAACAACCUCCUGAGAGUCAUCUCUGACCUGCAGAUGUCAUGUAACUAUGAUCACCUGAUAACCUUGCCGCACGUCCAGAAGUAUCUGAUGUCGGUUCGCUACAUUGAGGAGCUUCAGAAGUUUGUAGAGGACGACAACUUCAAAUUAUCCCUAAAGAUCGAACCUGGCAAAAGGUCCCCACGCAUCGCAUCCUCUAAAGAAGACCUGGCAGAUCUCUCUGUAGUCUCUGCUACUUUAAGGUAUAACCGACGACCGACUUGUCCAGAAGCAUCCAUGGAGCUGCACAUCCACACGCCUCCCCCAGCUCAUCACAGGAAGAGUCACAGUUUGGGAAACAACAUGAUGUGUCAGUAUGGCAUGUCACAAAGCAGAAGUGUAACAUUUACCAUAGACAAGGAGCGCCACCUGCUGGACGGCAGCUUUAUAGAGUCUCAGAGUCCAGCCAGACGGGAUCCAUACAGCACCUCUGUGUCCAACAACCUGUCACUGAGCAGCAGUGCGAGCUCGUUUGGGGAGGAGCUCUCACCUACAAUCCAGAGGGGCCGCAUGUACGCCACUCUGGGGCCAAACUGGAAGGUUCCUCUUCGCCUGUCCCCCCGGAACCGAAGCUACGUUUACAGCCCCAAUGCUGCAGUGUCCUGCCACAGAUGCUGUGAGGCUAAAAGCGUGACCUUUGAAGGACCCGUACGACGGAAAACGCUGCUGAAGGAGGGACGGAAGCCCAAGCUGUCAUCAUGGACCAGGUUCUGGAUCAGCCUGUCUGGAUCAGCACUCAUAUUCUAUAGUGCCAAAGCACUGAGGGCCUCCGAGAGAAAACAUUACAAGUCAACCCCCUGUAAGAAGGUUUGUGUGACUGGGUGGAUGGUAGUGCUGCCAGAUGACCCAGCCAGACCCAACAUCUUCCAGUUAAAUGACCCAGAUAGAGGAAAUGUUUACAAGUUCCAGACGGGAUCCCGUUUCUCCGCGAUCGUCUGGCACAAAAACCUGGAGGAGGCUUGUAGGAGUUGUAAGUCCCAGAUACCAGCAAACCUCAUGUCGUUUGAAUGAAGGCAUGCUUUGCCCAGCAGGACUUUCUAAUGCCAAUUCCAAUCACGUGGGAAGACUUCUAUAGUGAAACUUCAGACUUCGAUGGCAUCUGCCUGAUAAAACACCUGGAUGCUGAAAGGCUCUGAGACUGUAAUGUCUGUAAUCCAGACAUCUGAAGACUUUGAUAAGGUGCUUUCUGUUUAUAGCACUCCUCUAUCAUUUUCAUUAUCUGCUGUGAAUGUGUGAGCAAGCACAAGGAGUUCCCACCUGUGUGGAGUUUGUGAUCUGAGCGAGUUUUUGUGCAUUUGAGCACAAAUGUGGAGAGCAGUUUGAGCACUUUAGGUCGGAUCUUUGGCUCCAUCACAGUAUUCCACAGCCUUUACCCGGGGCUUGAGCUUUGAACACUCAAAGCUUAGAGGGUGCUGAAAAAAUGGGACUGCUUUUGCAAGAAAAAAAAAAGCUUCAUUUCAACACCAUUACAGGAAACUGUUGGCUCUCUGUUCUCUGUUGUCUGGAGAUCAUCUCUUCAUUCUAUGUAUAUGGUUCUGAUUACUAUGUUGUCAGUGUGUGAAAAUCUUUCCGUGACUCACAAUAUUGGCUUUAUGGGCUCCAGACCUGGUUUGUGGCCCUUAGCAGUUGGUUUGUGAAAAGCAGAUUUUGGUGUUAAUCCAGUAAAAUCACAGCCUGAUUGUUUCAGGAACAGCAUUCCCCUCCCCACCAAGAAAAAAAA